CCGGUUCAACCCUAACACACGCUACUGGAUUCGGCCCAGCUGGAGGAUCCUAUCUUUUGUUCUUUCGACAUCCUUCUUUGGGAGGCUGUCGAACACGGAUAGGGUCUACGAGGAGGAUAUGUUUGUCUUCUGGAGCUUGCACGACCGCCAGCCGGCGAACGUGGCUGUGUACCUGGCCAGAUUCUUAUACUCCCAGUCCUACGGGUGUAGAACGCACUUGGUGUGUGGGUUUGUGAUUACUUUGCUCUUUCGCUCCCUCGUGGGGGAUGCACCCAUCCCACGGCCUGUGCAGUUGAUGAGGGAUUUAGAUGCCGGCAUGCUCCGGAAUGCUCACAUCCACCAGAGACUCUUUCCUAGCUCUUCUGAGAGCACUACGGCCUCUACUGGCCGCACUUCACAUGAGAUUGGAGAGUCAUCCGGUCAGUCAGAGAGAUCGUCUCAGCGCCUUCCUCGUCGACGACCUACCAGAGCACAGUUGGCUCGCGCUCAGACGGAGGUAGCACCGGCAUGGGCCCAGCAGCUCUUGCAGAACCAGAACACACUUAUGCAGUCCGUUGCGGCACUCCAACAGCAGGUGCAUGGUUUAGACAGGAUACGUGAGGCAUUGGGUUUCGAAAACCCGACAAACCUCCCUCCGCGUCAGCAGCAGCCCAGAGAUGACGAUCCCUCCGCCUCCCGGACUCCACAGUGAUCUCUUACUUUCUCCAGAACUUUUUAUCUUAUUUGAGCCGGAAUUGAUGACUUGACUGGUUUGUUUGGAUUCCUGUUUGACUUCUUCUGGUAAACUUUUAUGGUUUUACUUAUUUACUAUUUCAAUCAUCAUUUUGAAUAUGUUACAUAUGCAAUCAUCUUAGUAAUCAUAUCCUUGAUAUUUCAGCCAAAAAUUCUACUCUGAAACACUUUUUUUGCCGCGGGGGCGCGGUUCCGUUCAAGUGUGAGGAGGAUGUGAAUUAUUGGUUGAAAUAUAACAAGUUAGAAUUG